AUGAAGGAGGGGUACUUGCUCACAAAUCUCAAUUCGGAUCCACCAAUGGCGGUGCGGCCGACGAUUUCCCGGUUCCCGGCCGACCCGAGGGAGCAGGAGGCUUGCGGCCUGCCGUGGGGCGUGACCCUGACGCCGUUCGCGGCGACAGAUGAGAACAACAUCCCGCCGGUGUGCGGAUCCGGCGGCGAGCUGCUGCCGCGAUGCGAGAAUUGCUGGGCCUACUACAACACCUAUUGCGAGCAGGACCAGUGGUCCUGGGACUGCGCCCUUUGCGGCACCACCAAUGGCCUCACGUCGGAAUCCAUCGCCCGAUACGCACUUCCCGAAUCGUGCCCGGAGAACAUGUCCUCGUUUAUCGACCUGGAGCUUCCUUGUAAUCUACUCUGUCACUCUAUUGAUGCUUUUGUUUCUUGGAUUGGUUUGCAGCUUGAUGAUUGUUUACAACUUUGCCUUUUCAUUUGUGGAUGUGGAAUGAAAAUGUUCAUUUCUGGAUUAGAAUUUAUGCGUGUUGAAGAAUCUGAAGAAAUGCAGGCAAGGCCGGUGUAUGUUGCUGCGGUUGACCUCACCUCGUCUGAAGAGUUCUUGGAACUUACUAAAAGUGCUCUAUUGGCAGCCUUGGAAGCUCUUGCGCCAGGAUCACUUUUUGGUCUUGCUACGUUCAGCCACAGAAUAGGCCUGUAUGAUGUUCAGGGGCCCAUUCCAGUGGCCAAGAAUGCGUUCAUUCCCCCUGAAGGCAACCUGUCUAUGGAUCUUGAAGAUGUCAUGCCACUGUCUUCUUUUUUGGCUCCAGUUGAUACAUGUAAGGACCGUAUUGCAUCCGCACUUGAAACUCUGAAGCCAACAACUUCAUGGGAGCGGACAACAGCUGCUGGUCAAGCAGUAGAUGGUGUUUUACUUGGUGGCCGUGGGUUUGGAGUGGCAAUGGAAGCUCUCCUCAAAUAUUUAGGAUCAGAAUAUGGAAAUAUGUACCGUAUGUUAAGCCGGCCAUAUGCUUUCAAUUGUGUCCUACGUGUAAGGACAUCAUCUGAAUUUAAGCUUGGCCAUUCAUAUGGGCAUUUUUUCCCAGACCCAGAAUAUGAAAAUGUUCAGCACAUCAUUUGCUGCGACUCUUUCGCCACAUAUGCUUAUGACUUUGAAUUUGUGAAUGAUGCUGGAUUUUCCAGACACAGCCGGGAACGCCCAACGUUACAAAUUGCAUUUCAGUACUCAGUUAUUGUGCCUUCAGACGAACCCUUCCCAUUGGGUUCAGGCUCUUCAAAGAGAGAUAAGUACUCUCUGAAAAGGAGACUGCGGAUCAGAACUGUACAACUCGAUACGGCUCGCCAUAUCAAUGAAAUUUAUGAUAGUGUUGAUCCUGAAGUUGUUCUCUCUAUACUUGUUCAUGAGGUUAUUUUGUCCUCUUUGGAGAAUGGAGUUAGAGAGGGUAGAAUCCUGCUACAUGAGUGGCUUGUAAAUCUAACUGCUCAGUAUAAUGAUGCUUUUAAGACUGCUGAGUACACGAGAGGGGGCUUAACCACAUCUCAGUUUGAUGUUGCCUUCACUCAGUGCCCUCAGCUGCAACAGUUGCCCCGCUUAGUCUUUGCUUUGCUCCGAAAUCCUCUUCUUCGCUUUCAUGAAGAAGGUGUCCAUCCAGACUAUCGGAUCUAUCUUCAAUGUCUAUUCAGUGCUCUGGAACCUUCUUCACUCACCCUUGCCAUAUACCCAUUGCUGGCGUCUUAUGAAACUCCGGAUAGACAAGCAUUUCCUCGCCAUUCACUGAGUCGCGCUGCAUUACUAACGAGUGGUAGCCCGAUAUUUUUACUUGAUGCCUUCACAACUCUCAUUGUGUUCUAUUCAUCUACAGCUGACUCUGCACUUCCUUUUCCUCCACCUCAGAACUGCCUUCUGAGAACCACCAUUAACAAACUGAAGCAAGGGCGGAUUAUCACCCCUAAACUCGUAUUUAUCAGAGGAGGGCAAGAUGAUGCAACCAUGUUCGAAAAUUACCUUAUAGAGGAGCAGGAUGUUGAGGGGAGUGGCAUCACGAGUGCCAUGGGUUUCGUCUCGUUCCUUGAUGAGAUCAACCGUGAUGUGGUGGAGUACAUGAAGAAAUUGAAUGGCGAUAUACGUAAAUAGAGGUGAACAUGACUUAUACAUGGAAAAGUUUUUUUUUUUUGGUUUAUAUUGGAACACAGUCCUGGCUACUUGUGGAUACAGCCAGCGAUAAAUUUGGCCAGAAAGUAAAAGAAAGUAUUGUUCGUUGGUUUUGGUUGAUUAUCGAGUGAUACUCAAUUUGAAGGGGUUUUUUCCAUUGGGAACUGCAGCUUAGGGCUGUUUGAGUUUGUGCUAAUUGCCGUAUACUUAGCAAGACAUGUAUUAGCUAUAUCAAAGAUGUAACUUUAGACGAUAGACGUGUUAGAUAAGAUGGACAUGGGUUACUUUGUUUGAAGGCCCCCGACUUCCUAUUUUCUUUUGUUGUGAUCCUGUUAUUCAUUUGUAUCUGUAGUUUGUAUCACCAAGAUGUUUCAGUCAGCAGUUAAAACUUUUAGCUAUCCUUAGCCCGUUUUAUCCACAAAGAAGCUGGAACACUGAUCUAUGCCCCUCUAUCCGUGUUGCUGGGCUCUUAUGAGUUGCUACGUAAUGUGAUCAUAUGAUCGUGUAAAAUGAAAAACCUUACAACUUGUACAAUUGCUC